AUGUUGAAACGAUAUAUGAGCAGCAGUUUUAUUAAUGGUAUUAGGAGCAGAAAUAUUAGUGGAUGCAAUAACAUUGUUAAAAGGGAGAAUAAUAAUAAUAUUAUUAUUAUCACACUAAAUUCAUUAUCAAGAAUAGCCAAAAUAAAAACCAAUGCUCAACGAAAUUUCUCUACCACUCGCACAACAAACUCGCAUAUUGGUCGAGCACCGAUUCUCUAUCCACCGGAAGUGACAUUAACGCAUGACCCAACUCCAAUAAAAAGACCAAGGGUACCAAGCGAACUAAAUUCCACCAUGCUAACAAUCAGUGGUCCACUUGGAACUCACACGUUGCCUAUUAAACCGUAUAUUCGCCUUAAUUUUGUAAAACCGAUUUUAAUCGAUGGCGUUAGAGAGCAGGUCGUCUCCAAUUCACAAAUCUUAGAAUCAAAAUUAACAAUAACUGUAGAAGACCCACGUGUGAAAGAACAGAAAACAAUGUGGGGCACUACACGCGCCUUAAUAGCAAAUUACGUGAUCGGUGUAAGUGAAGGUUUCCAAGUCCCGUUGCGUCUCGUCGGGGUAGGAUACCGUGCUAACAUGGAGGAAGCGAGAAAACUGGUAUUACGCGUUGGAUUCGCGCAUCCAGUAGAAUUAGAAGUCCCCGAGGGUAUUACCUGUCACACACCUUCGCCGACGCGUAUCGUGCUGAGCGGAACAGAUUGGCGAGAGGUGAAACAAUUUGCGGCUAAUAUUAGAAAGUGGCGGAAACCGGAGCCUUACAAUCAAAAAGGCAUUUUUGUGGGUGAUGAGACUAUCAAAAAGAAACUUUCGAGAAAAAAAUAA